AUGGAUCCCUCCGUAAACCUCCGGCAAGAGCAACAGGUGGACCUGGUGGACGCAAACCCGACCCUUAGUGGGUCCGGUAGUAAUAGUGAAGUAGAUGCAGCUGGAUUUAGCGAGGAGGAGGGAUCCGGAAUUCUAGCCAUACCUACUGCUAAGCUGUACUCCAUGAACGGAGCGAAACGUGGCAAGGUGUUAAUAUUCAAUCAUAAAACUUUCGAUAAUAGAAGUUGUCCGGUCCGAACCGGUACGGACAAAGACGUAGAAAGAUUAUACCAUACUUUGCCUCGACUCGGAUUCCAAAAGGAGGAUAUUGAAGUGUACAAAAACAAGAGUAGCGGCGAAAUCAACGGGAUUGCGAAAAACCUGAAAAACAACGCUGAUCUGGAAAUAUCCGAUUGCUUAGUGGUGGUGAUACUUACACACGGUAAUGAGAAUGACAAGUUGAUGGCCAACGAUAAAGAGUACCAUUUGUACGAGUUUAUUGAGAACUUCAAUCCCACUUCCUUGAACUCGAUGACUGGAAAACCGAAACUGUUCAUAAUCCAAGCCUGUCGUGGCAAAAAAGUAGAUCAUGGUGUUAAUUUGAUGGCAUACAGUGCCGGAAAUCAGGCCAACUCGCAGACGGAGAUUCGUCCGUAUCCGCAAUUUCCCGAUCUGUUCGUUGUGCAGAGUUCUCAUCACGGUCACAUAGCAUUUCGGAACGAAAAAGGGAGCUGGUUAAUUCAGGACCUGUGCAAUGCAAUCUAUAGUUGUGAUCUGGAAACGGACUCUAUUUAUGACAUUCUGACGGAAACGAAUGAUGCCGUAUCACAACGACUCAGCGAAGCCAAAGGAUGUCGUGAUAAGAAACAGAUUGCUAGCAUCUACUCCACCCUGACUAAGAAGCUGUACUUCAAGCCAUCAAAAUAA